AUGGCCCCAAAUGACGACUAUGUCUUCACUCGAGAUCUCCUCGAUAACAGCCGCCUCAACUUGAUGCAUCAUCACUGGGUGAAGGACUUUGGAUAUCUAAUCCACCCGAGAAUCCCUACCGAAGGAGCCAGCCUCAAAGUAGCAGACAUCGGUUCUGGGACGGGGAUAUGGCUGCUCGACGCAUAUGACCGGCUCCCGAAAUCAACAGGGCUCGUUGGCCUCGACAUCUCAUUUGAUGCAGCGCCACCACCUGAGACUUUUCCUGACAGUAUCACAUUCCAGAAGUGGGAUGUACGUGAUCCUGUUCCUGACGAGUUGGUCGGCGCCUUUGAUAUCAUCAACGUCCGCUUCAUGGUAUUCGUCGUGCUCAAGGACGAGGUCCCGGUUGUGGUGGACAAAUUCAUCCAGAUGCUGAAACCCGGCGGAUAUCUGCAAUGGGUCGAGCCUGACAACCAGACCGUGCACGGAGAACUGACGAAGCCGGAGAACAAGAAGACGAGCAUCGAGCAGCUGAUGGGCCUUCUGAAGUCCCAAGAUCCGCGGCUGAACCCCACGUGGGUUCCGGACCUGCCCAAGAUCUUCUCGGAUCGUGGUCUGUCUGACAUCGAUGCGGACGUGCACACCACCCCGCCGCACUGGGCGUACCUGAUGCAUGAGUGCGGCCUGAUCAUGCACGAACUUAUCGCACGAAAGACCCAGAAUGAGCAGAUGGCAGCCGAGUUAAAGAGACUGGUACCUCUGGCGGUGGAAGAAACUCGGAAAGGGGCUUACUUGGCGACUACCAAGUAUGCUGUCACUGGAAGGAAACCUUAA